AUGUCUUAUUUAAUGUUAGAAUAUUUUCUUUCAAUUUAUAUAUUCAUUCAGCAAUUGCUUGCUUGCUUGCUUCCUUCCUUCAUUCGUUCCUCUCUUCCUUCCUUCCUUUCUUUCUUCCUUCAUUCCUUUAUUCAAUCAUUUUUUCAAAUUAUUUUAUUUUUUCCUUCCUUUGAAUUCCCUUUUAUUUGUAAGAUCUUUAUAACAUUUUUUUGCUUCCUUCCUGAAAAUUCUUUUAUUCCUUUCUUCCAUCAUUCCUUUGUUCCUUCUUUCUUCAUUCAUUUUCUUUUCCUUCCACCAUUUCCUAUUUUUAUAUAUUUAACAAAAUAUUUUUCCUUUAUAUUUUUUUUACUUUUUUUCUUUUCUUUUCUCUUUUUUUUUUUUAAAUUUUUUUCUUUCAAAUUUUCUUUCUUUAUUUUUCCAUUUAUCUCUAUUUCCAUCUUCUUCUUUCUUUUUUUUCUUUUUUUUUUUAUAAUUUUCUCUCUUUCUCCAUUUUUAUUUGAUUUUUCUUUCUUUCUUUCUUUCUUUCUUUCUUUCUUUUAA